AUGACCAACUAUUUCGACAAGUUCCGCAGCCGGGUGCGCCGCCAGAGCGAGCCCGCGGUGCCGCUGGAGCCGCCGCUACCGCCGACCACCAGUGCCUUUAGCGACCGGGCGCCGUCGCUGUCGACGGCGCUGCUGGCGCUGCCCGAGCGCCCGCGGCGCCUGCUGAUCGCCAUGAUCCUGGAAGUCAAACACAAGAUCCACCGCGCCCGGGCGGUGUCGUUGGGGCUGCUGGACCAGCCCACCCGCCGCUUGGUCCACGACCAGACGCUGGAAGUGGCCCACCGCAAGCUCAGCGGCAUUUUGGCCGAUUUAGGGCUUCAGGACCCCCUCGUGGUGCUGGCGCUGCUGGCGCUGCUGCUGCUGGCGCUGGCGCUGGCGGUGCAGUUCGCCGUCGCCAACACCCACGACGUCGUGUUCGUGGCGCCGGCGCUGCUGCUGAGUUUUACCUACGAAGACGAAGACGGCGGCGGCGGCGCUUCGAGCCAGGCGCCGUCGUCGCCGGCGCUCUCGCCGGCAGCGCUGCCGGCACUCCUGCCGACACUGCCGACACUGCUGCCGCCACCACCAGGAGACGAACCGCUGUUUGCCGAACGGUUUUGCACGUUUACCUCGCCCAACUACUUGUGUACUAAAAUCGAUCUGGACACUCCCAUCCCUCAUACCUUCGCCGUGAUGGUGGAGCUUGAUCGCCGCCAGCGCGACGUCAAACCGUUAGAGGUUGAUUUAACCCUGGAAGUGACCACCUGCUGGCCUACCAGCGACGGCCACAGCACCAUCGAGCGGUUCCUGAUUGGCGCGUUGCGGUGGCGGUGUCUGUUUGCCCAGCCCGACUACUUUAUCAGCUAUGCCAAUAGCCACAGUGCCGCCGCUACCGGUGCCGGAAGCGGCUCCCGUCACGCGCUCGCGGCGCACGAGUUGGCGCUGCGGCUGCGCCCGUACCGGCUUGCCCCUGUCCGCAGCAGCGCUGCCGGCGAGCUGCCGGCGUCGGAACGCGUGGGCCCGUCGGAAGUGGCGCCGCUGGCGGAGCCGGGGAUCUACGUGUUCCUUUUACCGGUGCUUUUGCCUCCCCAUAUGCCGGCACUGAUUGCCACUGCUAACGGCCACCUCGCCCAUAAAUUAGCGGCUAAGUUUUCUAGUGGUGGUCACGUGACCACUAUUGACUACCCGGUACUGGUGGCUCGGUUGCCUCCCUCCAACGCUACUUCAGUGGCGGAUAAACCGAUUUUCGUUAAUCGGGUCUGGAACGACCUGCUCCAUUAUUUCAUCACGUUCCCCAGAAAGUACGCCGCUUUAGGGCUGGAGCACACCAUCAACAUCAAGCUCAUCCCCAUGGUGAAAGAUGUGAUUAUCAAACGGAUUAAAGUGAACGUGUUGGAACGGAUCACCUACGUGUCACGUGACUUAACCAAAGAGUACGAUUACGAUGGCGACGACCCCCUGGGUUUCAACGCCAUGUUCUCCCACCGCACCCUGAAUAAAACCAGGGAAAGAGUCGUGGGCCUCUGUGAAGUGAAAACGAAGCUGAAACGACUGACCACCACCACGCCGCAACCGUUCCGGAACCAAGUGGUUAAGUGUCCCGAUAAUAACUUGUUACACCUGUGCUACGAGCCUGAGCGCAAGCGUCUGGGAGCGGCUACGGGAGGAGUGGUGGCGACCCCCUUGGACAUAAACGUCGCCCUCCCCUUCCCCACGCUGCCCCUCGACGCCGCCAACAUCUCCGGCCGCCAGCCGGCAAAGGAGGGCAUCACGCGAGCGUUAUACCCCGACCUGAACUUCCGCCACAUCCAGAUCCACCACCGGCUCCAGGUGUGUUUCCGGAUCUCGAAACCCGACGCCAGCGACGGCGGCCGCAUGCACCACUACGAGGUGGUGGUCGACACCCCGUUGAUUCUCUUGCUGGCUAAGUGCCACGACGACUCGAUGCAGUUGCCGUGUUACCACGAGAUCGACGGCGUUGUCGAUAGUUCAGGGAUCUCGGUGCGGCCGUUUGACCCGGAAUUGCUCGGCCAGCCCUCGGAACCGUUGCCGACUUUCGAGGAGGCCGUCAGCCGCACCGAGCGCAGCAUGCUGGUGUUUGACGACGAGGUGCCCCCCAGCACCAGCCGCGGCCCGUCGCCGGAAGCAUUGCCCGACCUUAUCGAGCUCCCCACCCCGCUCGAUACCCCCGAGCGCACCAACUACUUUGAUGUCCCCCCUCCGGCGGCGCCCUCGGAAGUGCCGGUGCCCCGGCCGGUAUUCACCGAGCCCCAGUUCAACCGCCCCCCGCUCGCCAAACCACCAAGCUACGCCGCCGUCGACGAGGCGAUCCUGCCCCACGACGGCGCCGGCUCCCUCGCCUCCGAAGGCGACCACCUGGACCAGGGCCUCGACACCGCCCUCGACACCGCCCUGACCAACAACACCCUGGUUUUGGACACCGAGCUGACGCUGGCGUCGAACGUCGAGGACACCGACGGCAAGUCGUUGGCCCUGGGGUUCUUUGAGCAGCGGUUGCCGUUGAUGCAGCACUACUCGCUGGAUACCAUCGCCCGCCAGCCGCUGUGA